ACAAAAAUAAACAUAAACAACCUAACCGAAACUCCGAUAAGAUGCGCCUCCUAAUUAUUAAAGUCAGUUUUCUGCCAGCUGUGAACAUGGCGGCACUCACAUGGAAGAUUCUUCCGCGAUGUGAUCGAUUACACCAUGGAUUUUCUUUGAGACAUAUCUCGAGUACGUCUUCACUCAGAGGCAAGCCCACCUUCAACUGGGAGGACCCCUUUGACCUCGAGUCCCAGCUCACGCAGGACGAAAUUCUGAUCAGGGAUCAAUUCCGCUCCUACUGUCGGGAGAGAUUACUGCCACGCGUAAUAGAAGCCAAUCGCAAGGAGAUCUUCCACAAGGAGAUCAUGAGAGAGAUGGGACAGUUAGGUGUUCUGGGUUGCACCAUGAAGGGCUACGGAGCUGCGGGUGUCUCCUCCGUAGCCUACGGACUCCUGGCCAAGGAGGUCGAGUACGUGGACAGUGGAUACAGGUCUGCCAUGUCGGUCCAGUCCUCCCUGGCUGCUGGCGCCAUCUAUGCUCACGGGAGCGAGUCUCAGAAGGAACGAUUCUUACCUAAGCUGGUUUCUGGAGAACUGAUCGGUUGCUUUGGACUGACCGAGCCUAACCAUGGCAGCGACAUCGGGUCCAUGGAGAGUAGGGCUACUUACGAUUCUGAGAAGAAGACUUACAGGCUGAAUGGAAGCAAAACAUGGAUCACAAACGCCCCCAUCGCGGACGUGCUGAUCGUCUGGGCCAGAUGCGAGGACGACGUGAUUCGAGGGUUCAUCGUCGAAAGGCCAGGCAACGAGAACCGACUCUCCACGCCAAAGAUAGAAGGCAAGAUGUCACUGAGAGCGUCCAUCACCGGUAUGAUCCUGAUGGACAACGUAGAGGUGCCCGAGGAGAACAUGUUGCCAAAGGCUCAGGGUCUCAGAGGACCAUUCACCUGCUUGAACAAUGCUCGAUACGGAAUCGCGUGGGGUGCACUAGGCGCUGCUGAGUCCUGUCUGAACACCGCCAGGUCGUACGUCCUGGAUAGGAAACAGUUUAACAGACCUUUGGCCGCUAAUCAGUUGGUGCAGAAGAAGCUGGCUGACAUGAUGUGCGAAAUCGCGAUGGGACUUCAGGCCUGCUUGAGGGUGGGCAGGCUGAAGGACGAGGGCAGGAUUGCUCCGGAGAUGAUCUCGAUAAUAAAGAAGAACUCUGCCAGCAAGGCUCUUGAAAUCGCAAGGGUAGCCAGGGACAUGUUGGGUGGCAAUGGAAUAUCGGACGAGUACCACAUAAUCAGACACGUGAUGAACCUAGAGAGCGUCAUCACCUACGAAGGUACAAACGAUGUCCAUGCUCUGAUUCUGGGCAGGGCGAUCACUGGCAUACCAGCGUUCUCUGGAUAGAUAGAUUAAUUGUUAAUAAGCUCAUCUUCACAACGUGUUUAUACAAUAUUUUAAUAAACGUUUCUUAACCGUUGACUUAAAUUUGGAAAGGUCCCAGUUUGAAAGCAAACCCGAAUUAAAAGUUCGGGUCAGGGCGUAGCACAACACAAGCGACUCGGAUUAAUCAUAAAUAAAUUAAGUUUAAUUGCUAAGUAAUAAAACGUUAAUUACAUAUGUCAAUGAUAAUUAAUUUAAGUACAACACACGUCUCGUGCAAAAGUGUAAAGAAGUUUCUUUUUCGUGCUACACUCAAUUACCAUUUUUUUGUGAUUUUUUUUUUAAAUACUUUUUUCUGUUUGGUUUGUUGUUUGGUUUGGUUUUGCCUCUCGUCGACGAUCAACACUCGCCUCACUUUUUUUCCCUCCGUGUGUUCUCGCGUGUGUAUCAAGUGUGUGUCUGUGUUCUAUAUGCUUUUUCAUCUUCAUUAAUUGUUUUCUCUGUCACGUUCUCGAAUUUCAUUUUUAAAUGGUUCUCGACUACAAUAAGCUCUUGGUAAAACGUAGUAACAUCGUAGUUUACAAUAGUUUACAAUCUCCCUUCGACGGUUUCCCGAUCUCGCAAAAAAUCUCUGUGUCUAUUACGUGGUUACACGCUCGAAUCGAAUUUCCCGCGCUUUUUAACCGUUUAUUCUUCCUCGGAUAAAAAAUUAUCACUCGAAUUCGUUAUUCGAAUAUUUCCAUCGAUCGUUGAUCGAUCGACGAGCGGACGCUAACAAACUGGUCACUUACAAGAAAAAACUAGCCUCUCGUCGAUCUCUCGAUCGAUCGAUGCUCUCCGGAAGGGAAAUUUCGAUUCCAACGUUCACAAUUGUCUCUCUCAUUCAUUCGCGAUCAUUCGCUCUCUCACGAAAACAACGGCAUUCACGCAUCGAGUGUCUCUGUGUGUACGUGUGUCUGUGUGUCAUUCACUAAUGAAUACGUAAGUGUAAACAAUAAAUAAUGCUUCUUUAUUUUC